AUGUCUUCGAGGGAUUAUAAUUACGAUGAACAGGGCCAAUUCUUCCCGUUUUUCAUCCUCACUCUGUCUGCGCUCGUAACUCUUCCACUUACAUAUACCCUCCUUAAACCCAACAAAGAUCUGGAAAAUACUGCGCCGCGGAUAAAGUCUGACUUUCGUCCUCAGAAUGGAGACAUUAUCCAGAAACAAAAGCAGAAACUCCUGCGGAAGGAACGCCGGUUGAAGCGCAUAUUCACUGUCCUAGGUGGAUAUGCAGUAAUGGCAUGGAUGGUCUAUUUGAUUAUCGUCACCGCUCGGACUUCCCCCAAAAUAUGGGACCCUUAUGAAAUUCUGGGAAUUUCAAGAAGCGCCAACGAGAAAGCUAUUUCCAGACACUUUAAAAGGCUUUCCCUCCGGUUUCACCCAGACAAAAUCAGACCGGAUCCAAACAAAAAUGAAACCAUCGAAAGCUUGAACGACCAUUUUGUCGAGUUGACCAAGGCGUACAAGGCCCUGACUGACGAGGAAAUCCGCAACAACUAUAUCCAAUACGGACACCCAGAUGGCAAGCAAAGCUUUAGCAUCGGUAUCGCGCUGCCAAAAUUCAUCGUCACAGAAGGAAAUGGUAAAUACGUCCUUUUGGUAUAUGGUCUCUUACUCGGCGUGCUCUUGCCGUAUGUUGUUGGUAAAUGGUGGUAUGGAACACAGCGAUAUACGAAAGAGAAAGUCCUUGUUGCAAGUGCUGGCAAUAUUUUCCGAGAGUAUAAGGAUGACCUGGUUGGCGGAGGUAUAAUCAGCGCUCUUAGUUCCGGCGAAGAGUAUAAGCAGAUGCUCAAGAACGAAAACGCCGAAUCUGGACUUGCUAAAGUUGAAAAGAAAAUUCUUUCUGAUGAUGAUUCAACAGCCUCUGGGACAUCUCUAACACCCAAGGAUCGGAAGUUGUUAGCUGAUCUGGAAAAUGCAAGUAGAAGGAAAGCUCUCGCAUUACUGUGGGCGUACCUUGGUAGAGUUGAGCUUGAUGAUCCCAAUCUGAAUGAAGAGAAAUUUGGAGUCGCCCCCACAGCGUUUACCCUCAACGAUUCUUUUUCGUCUAUUGCGCUUGCUUUCGGCAGCCUACAGCCAAUCCUUGGGUCAUUCCACAUGUCACAAUACCUCAUCCAGGCCAUUCGCCCUGGUGGUUCACCUCUUCUUCAAUUGCCUCACUUUACGCCGCAGAUCGUUCGGUCGAUCGAAGGCGAGCAUGCGAGGAGCCACAUGUCAAUUUCACAAUAUAUGGCACUUCCUGAGCAGCAACGACGAAAGCUGUCCCAAAUACCUGUCCUCCACGUCUCGAAAUCAUUUUUCAAAGUUGUAGGUGAAAAAGUGGUGACUCCUAGCAGCUUAGUUCAGCUCAUCGUCAAGGCGCGGUUUAUUCCACCAGGCUCAAAGAAUAUUCCGGAGGUCGACGAGCGUGACCUUGAAUAUGUUGACCCAGAUGAAGAUGACGUAGCAGCCAACAAAUCCUUAGGAAGAGGAAAGGGUGGGAAAGAAGACCUGGAAUACAAAAUCCAGCCGCCACUUGCCCAUGCUCCUUACUAUGCUCGCGAUCACUCUCCAAGAUGGCACAUUUUCCUCGCUGAUUCCAGGCAAGGCAGAAUGGCCGUCCCUCCCUUCACCUUCACCACAUUUGACAAACCUAUUUUCGACAAAGAUGGAAAGCCCACCUUCAACAUGCAAACAUUGAAAAUGCAAUUCCAAGCCCCUCCCCAAGUCGGCAAAUUCCACUUCUCUCUUCACAUUGUCUGCGACAGUUACAUCGGAUUCGAUACUGUUAGUGAGACCACGCUUGACGUUGAGGAUUUUGCCAAGGCUGCUGCCCUGGAGGAAGAAGACGAUAUUUCCGAGCCCGACGAGGACUCUAUUGCCGGCCAAAUGCAAGCUCUGAAGACUGGCACGGCCCCUCGCAAGAAGAGGGUACCCAAGAAGCAAGCGGAUGAGUCGAGUGAGGACGACGAGAGCGACACCGACGGUGACAAUGCGGAAAUGAGUGAGACAGAUACGGAAACAGAUACGGACGGGGAAUAA